AUGGAAAAGGAAGAAUUUGCUUCCAAUGGCAUUCCAAGUCUGGGUUCUGGUGGAUAUUACAAUAAUAUUGGUUUCAAGUUCCUCAAAGUUAUUCAUUUUCGACAUGUUGGUGUGACCGGGGAAGUUGUUGAGUUAUUCUUGUCCAACUGUCCACUUCUUGAGCGGUUGUCUCUAGAUGUUGCCAAAAAUUUAGUUAAUUUAAGAGUUGUCGGUCCCUCGAUCGCAUUGAAAUAUUUGGAGAUAAAACAUUGUCAACGACUUAAAAACAUUGAGAUUUGUGACGCAAACAUUGUUUCAUUUAUUUAUUAUUGUGGAUCAUUGAUAACUUUGCAUCUCAAGAAUGUACCGCUGCUUGUUGAUGUAACCUAUUACAAGUGGUACGCUUAUGCUGAAUUCACAAGGAUUGUGUUCAGCCAACUUUCGCCUUGUCUUUCUCAUAUAAAGAUUCUGAAGCUAGAUAUCAGAGAAGCGGUCUACAAUCAAAAUCAUGUACUUCCCAUACUAGCAAAUCUAAGGCAUUUGCAAUUAUUAGUUGAUGCAGGCUACCAUUGGUCCCUUGGUCGCUUAGCUUCUUUCAUGAAGGCAUGUCCUUACAUGCAGAGACUUGUUUUGGGGUUAGGUCUGAAAAUAUCCAAUACGAAGAUGGCAAAAAUAGAGAAAGCUGCCGAAUGCCCCCAUUACUACCUCAAGGAAGUAGAAAUAUCAGGGUAUCGUGGUCACAAAUGUUGUGUUCAACAUGUCAUGUACUUGAAAAAGAAUGUUAUUGCAUUGGAGAAGAUUGUUAUAAAUCCUGUCCGGUUUUGGUGUGCACCUUCUGGAACCGAGUUCAAUUUCCUGCGAGUCAAUGAGGAACAGAAUGCAAGAGAUCAUGCUAUCCAAUACCUUAAACAAAAAAUGCCUUCUACCAUAGAAUAUAUAUGCCUCUAG